GGAUGCUGCAACCACAGGAGAGACAAACACAUCCAUCUCUCAUGCUAAUUUUCCUGGAACAGUGUACAGGCGAAGAGACGGAGUCAUAAUGCGAAGGACGGGCGCAUUGGCGCUUCUGAGCGCCCUCGCUCACAGCACGCUUGCUGCGGCCGAGAGUUUGCCGCGGGGCGUAGGGCCCGAGUUCGCCAAGUUCUACACCAGCAAAUCUACUUUCACAUGCAUCGGCAAUCCCUCCAUUAUCCUCGAGCCGUCCCAAGUCAAUGACGACUCCUGCGACUGCCCCGACGGGUCUGACGAACCAGGAACUGCCGCCUGCGCGCAUAUCGACCCAUUAUCUCCCGAACAGCCCCUCCCGGGCUCGCUAACAGGCACCACCAACGCCACCAACGCGCUACCCGGCUUCUGGUGCUCCAAUGCCGGCCACGUCGGGUCCUACAUCCCCUUCCUGUACGUCAACGACGGCGUGUGUGACUACGAGCUGUGCUGUGACGGCAGUGACGAAUCUGCCCACGUGGGCGGAGUCCAAUGCGAGAACCGCUGCGACGCCAUCGGCAAAGACCACCGCCGCCUUGAAGAAGAGCGCCGGCAGAACAAAGAGAGAUCGGCCAAGCGGAGGCGGACGCUUGUGAAGGAGGCCCGCGAACAACGCCGCAGAGUGGAGGCCAAACUUGGCGCCCUGAAGGCGGAACUCGAGGGGCUCGAGCACAAGAAGGCGGAUCUGCAGAAGAGGUAUGAGGACAUCGAGCGUUCCGAAAGGAACAGCAUGGUCAAAGUGAAGGGACAGGGAGGAAAGCUCGAGAUACUGGUCAAUCUGGCCAAGAACCGCAUCUCCGAGCUCCGCAACGCUCUUGACAAGGUGCUGGAUCAGCGUGACGACUUGCAGGACAGGGUCGAACAGCUGGAGGAGAUCCUCACCAAGCUCAAGGACGAGUACAACCCCAACUUCAACGACGAGGGCGUCAAGGCCGCCGUCAAGAGCUGGGAGGACUACGCCGCUGGCCAGGCCGGCGAGACCAAGUCUGAUAAUCUGCCAGACGAGGACAUCAUGGAGAUGCUGAAGGAAGAUGGCGAGACAUUUGGCAUCAACUGGGCCGAAUUUGAAAGCUCCGAUGCCAGUGACGUGGACGUCGUCUACAACUGGGAGGCGUACCUGCCACGCCCCGUCAACGACUUCAUCCGCGAAAAGAUCAACGCCCUGCGCAUCUGGGCCAUGGACAACGGCAUACUGGCCGAUAACCGCAGCGGCGCCAACAGCGAGUCUCGCCAGCUCACAGCAGCCAGGGAAGCCCUGGAGGCCGCCAAGGGCGACAUAUUGUCCAAGACCAGGAGCCUGGAGGAGCAGCAGCGCGACCUGGAGAAAGACUACGGCCCGGGCGACAUCUUCCGCGCGCUCAAGGGCAAGUGCAUCAGCAGCGACGUCGGCGAAUACGAAUACGAGCUGUGCUGGAUCGACAGGACGACGCAGAAGAGCAAAAAGGGACACGGGAACACCAACAUGGGUAACUUUGUGCGCAUCGACAAGGACAUGGCCGACGAGGAGGAACGGGCCGAUGGGAAGAGCCUGGGUAAGGGUGAGAGGAUGGUGCUACGCUACGAGAACGGUCAAGGCUGCUGGAAUGGGCCUAACAGGAGGACCGAUGUCUGGCUUGCGUGCGCUGAGACGGAUGAGCUCUGGCGUGUGUCCGAGUCCGAGAAGUGUGUCUACAGGAUGGAGGUGGGCACUCCGGCAGCCUGCGAAGACCUGCAGGAGCCAGGGCCCAGUGUCAAGGAUGAACUCUAGUGGCUCUUGAUCACGGAUAUGACGUUGAUGUUGACUUGGCACCUGGUUAUGGUUUGUUUCUUCCCCUGAAUAGCGAUGUUUUGAGUUUGAGCCAUGUACAAGAACUUUAUCCAUCAUUAGAAUGGAGGCACCCGACGGAUAAAGGACACCGGCUUUCAAACAUAACUGCCCUCGGCCCAUCA